GGAGGAUGGCGGGGAAGAUAAGUUUUGGCCGUCUCAGGGCAUUCCUGGCUCGUCUGACGCUGUCGGAACCUUCCUUUGGCGGCCCCAGACUGCUCUGUCUCCAUUUGGGCGGCCCCGAGACCAGGCAUGGAGGUGUUUUCCCCAAGGGAGGACAUUGAUGUCGCCCUCUUCGCGGCUGGCUGCACCUACUUGCUGCUCGGCGCGUGCGUGGCGCUCUGGCGGGGCAGUCGGUUUGCGUCGUCUGGCGCACUCGUGAAGGGGCUGCUGCAGCACUUGGUGGUGCCACUGAGGCAGGCUCGAGGAAAGCUCCAGCAGGGCGGAGAGCACAAGGCCAUGAACUCGGUCGUGCAGCAGGCGGACGGGGAGUUCCAUAGGAGAAAACUGGAGCAGUCCGUCAAAGGGCUGCCACUGGCGCAGUGCAUCGGCAUGAUCAUCAUCCUGGCUCUGUGGUUCGGGGGUACCGUUCCCACGUCGUUCGCACAGAAGUUCAGCUCACUCGCAAUGGCCACAAUGGUACUGGUCAUCUGGAUCGCACCCUCCGUAGUCACAGCACGUUCUGCCGACUGGAUUUACUCAUUCAUGAUGGCUUUCUCGAGCGUCAACAUGUCGCCGAUCGCUGUUCCUGCAGAUGCAGUCUUGUCCUACGCCCUCGGCACCUGGGUCGUUUCUCUUACAAUUAGCUACCUACACUUGAAGCCAUGGCUGAAUGCGUUCUGGAUCGCCAUCAUCAACGCGAUGGCUUGCCUCACUCUUGCUGUCGGCCAGCGCAGCGGUGGCCCUUGUGCCAACUCGCAUACUUUCAGGGUGGCUGCGCAACUCUCGGUAAUCUCUUUCGUCAGCGUGCUGUGUCUGAUCUUCGUCAAUUGGCUGCUGAAACAGUUGACGCGGCUUGAGCUCGAAGCGCAAUCUUCCCGCAGCGCGCUGGCCGCUGCCCAGUCCGUGCUGCGGAGCGUCUGCGAUGUGGUCGUGGUGGUGGACGACGAGCUGCGGCUCGAGGAGGACUCGGCGGAAUUGCGCAACAUGCUGUUUCUCAGCAAGACCCGGCAGCUGCAGCAGGAGGAUUUGCGCAGCUUCCUCGCGUCCGCCGAGGACUGCGCCAAGUUCUCCGAGCAGGUUCGGAACGCCACAUCCUCUGGACAGAACGGGGGAGAGCCGUCACGCCUGAGCAUCGCCUUCCACGUGUCCAUGAAGGACAGCGCUGGGAUCACGCUGGAGGUUGAGGUGUUCGUGGUGCAGUUCCUGAGCAGGGCGGGGAAAAAAGCGUACCUGGUGGGAAUCCGCGAGCAGUCCGACUCGUUUCCCCCGCUGGAGCUCCGCAGGUCGCAGGGCGGACCGGGCAGCUUUGGACGAGAGCCGAGGCGACGUUCCAGCCCUCACGCACUGGCGCCUUCGUUCACAAGUGGCGCGCCGCGGAAUCAGGGGGACGCUGCAUUCAGCUCGUCCUCUUCUUCUGAGCACCUCGAGGAAGGCAAGACCAGCGCCUGGAUUGAUCUGCUCAGCGAUGAAUGGAGCAUCGUGGACGCCACCGACACGUUCAAGAUGUGCAUGGGGCUCGCGGAGGACGAGCUCGAGCUCCUCCCGCUAGUGAGGAGCGACCAGCGUGAGAGGCUCAUCGAUUUUGCUCAGACGGCCCACUUUGAUUCCACGGACCAUGCCGCUCCGGCCAUUCUCCAGGAGCCGAUUUUUCUCCGCACGGCGCAUAUGCGCCGCCUGAAGCUCUGUGUUUGUGCGACCCUGCACUUGGACUGGCUUCGUCCUCCCUGCCCGACGCAGCAGUCUGCGGAGGUGCUUCGCAUAAGUCUCGAGGAUAUCAAAUUUUCGCGCGGCAGCCGUUGGGGUAAAGCGAGACGCGCCCAGACGAGAGACUGGCCUCAGCUGGUUGCGGCGAGGCGCGAGAUGAGUGAUUGCCGCGCCACGCGAUUCCCUUAGCGAUUUCGCCCUGCUUGCUAGGGCAUUGCACCACGGUCAGCCUCGCGCGCAGAUCGGCAAGUCACAAGACUUCCAGAAGCUCUGCCCCGCCAGUAGUUCUCUGACAGGAUGCGCAGGUCCCCCACCAACUUCUGGUCCCAAAAGACCGCCUGAGGUCCAUGGCAUUCAGGAGGGAAAAAAAACGUGAAUACCGCUCGCCUCUUCAAGUACAAGGCUGGCAUUAAAUGGCAUGCUCUAUCUACCUGGUAGUGUCCAGUGCAGUGCCGCGCGCGGUUGCCGACUUUCAGAUGUCGUGCCGCGCCGCGCUUGUUGUUUACUGCCGAACUCAUAGCUCACCAUCGCCAGCACCGCGCAAUGCGGCUCAACAGACCUAUACACGCGCUGCUCCCGAUCUGUGGAUGUGCGCAGGGGAGGGCGACAGGGAAAGAAAAAAAAA